AUGUCUUGGCUCGCGGGUCAGGGAACCGACGAAGAGAGUGACAGCCUCGGGGUCGACUGGGUGCUGCAGUACGAAUUUGGCGAACUUGAUCAAGCAACUGCGACUACCGACUUCCGAACACUCAUUGCUGACUUGCACGAAGCUGGCCUUCGCGUGCAGGUGCGUCAUGGCCACGGUCAGUCGCUAUUAGUGUGUAUUCGGGUGCCUAGAGACCACCUGGGGCAGAUGAUUCACAAGUCGAGAAUCAAGGAUUGGUUGUUUGGAAUCACACAUACUCUGCCGAAUGGCGACGAAAACACAACCGCCGUCGCCGACACGCCUUCCGAAGAGAUCCGCUCGAUUUACCACGCUGUGACGUGGCAGAAGAAGCUAGGUGGCGCGGGCAUCACACCGAAUCAUGGACAGUGGAAGAACGUGACUGCUUCCUUUCCGCUACACGAUCAAGAUGCGUCUUCCAAGUUACUGCGGCAGUGGAGUCGCAAGACAGUGUUGACAACGCAGGAUCUUGACACCAUCCGCGCGCUGUUUGGUGAAAAGGUUGCUUUCUACUACGCCUUCAUCCACUGCUACUCGCUCUUUUUGGUGGUACCUGCCGUGCUGGGGAUCUUCGGUUGGCUCUAUCUAGGCCCUUACUCGAUCUUCUACGGAUGUGCCCUGUGUGUCUGGUGUGUGGUCUUUGUCGAGUUUUGGAAGAUCCGCGAGUCUGAUCUAAGCCUGCGAUGGAAUGUCAAGGGCGUCGGCCGGCUUAAGGUGAAUCGGCCGCAGUACGUUUGGGAGAAAGAAGUCAAAGAUCCGAUUACUGGGCAGGUGAAUCACGUCUUCCCUGGAUGGAAGCAAUUCCUACGCCAGAUCCUCCUGAUUCCUUUUGCUUCGAUCGCAUGUGUUGCCCUUGGGGGCUUGAUCUGCGCGACCUUCGCAGCGGAAACCUUUAUUUCGGAGGUUUACAGGGGACCUUUUAAAGGAUAUCUAGAGUUCCUGCCGACCGUUCUUUUCUCGCUCUCACUUCCAGCAAUUACCUCCUUCCUGACCGGAAUCGCGACUCGCCUGACCGAUUACGAGAAUUACCGAACGCAAGAUCUGUAUGAUCUCGCACAGACACAAAAGACCUUCGUUAUGAACUUCAUCACCUCUUUCCUACCCACCAUCCUGACCGCAUACGUCUAUGUUCCAUUCGCAAAGUCUAUAGUGCCCCAUCUCGAUAUGCUCCGCUGGUUUGGCAACUCGGAUACGACCACUGCUCACCACGAUUUCGAGGUCGACACAUCACGUUUCCAGCAGGAGGUUAUUUACCUCUCCAUGACUGCCCAGGUUUUUGGUUUUUGUGAAGAGAUCGUCCUACCAUACGUGAAACAUGUAUUGUGGCAGAAAUGGCGGAACUAUCGGGACCGCAGAGCUGGAUUGACCCGUCAGCGUAGCUUCUCCAAGGCCACGGACUUGCUCUUGAUCGACCCUGCGGGUGAGGCGUCAUUUUUGAAACGUUUGCGAAGCGAGGCGGAUGCCGAUGAAUAUGAAGUGGAGGAAGACAUAUUGGAAAUGUGUGUGCAAUUCGGAUAUCUUGCCUUGUUCGGCGUUGCAUGGCCACUUGUCCCACUGGGCUUCCUGCUGAACAACUGGCUGGAAUUACGAGGCGAUUUCUUCAAACUCACUCUGGAAUGCCAGCGCCCACCGCCAAUCCGAGCAGACUCGAUCGGACCGUGUCUCCUGGGCCUGGAUUUCCUAGCCUGGAUGGGCACACUGUCUACAGCGGCUAUUGUCCACCUAUACCGCGGCCCGAUGGCCGAAGUCCGACUGUCCUCGCUCCUCCUGACAGUGUUUGUAGCUGAACAAGCAUAUCUGGCACUCCGUUUUGUGGCAGCGACUGCGAUGCAAAAGAUCUUCUCCGACACACUUCGUCGAGAAGAAGCCCGACGAUACGCCGUUCGUAAAAGUUUCUACGAGGCCAGCGUCUCCCACCACGAGCAGCCAACUUCACCUGAGGGGCGAGUCCGACAACGCGUUCGUUUCCACGAACGAGUUAACGUCUACAGCUCUGACAGCAACCCCUCACCCGACGGUAGUCCAUCACCGACCCCCGAGGAACCCCAUGACGAUUUGCUCCGGGGAUCCGACCGUGAGGCAGAGUUCUGGGCCGGGCCAAGUGACGCGGCUGAUGCGGGCGUGAAGAUGAUCCGGGCGCUGAGUGCGAAUAAAGCGGAUGAUCCUAAUAGGCCGAAAGAAGCAUAG